AUGCCAUUUGAACGAGUUCGAGCAAUAAUUCUAUUAUUAAUAUCAAUAUUUGGAUGCUGUGGAAAUGCACUGACAAUAGUUGUUGUUAAUCAACAUUUUUUUCGACGUACAACGACCGCCGCAUUUAUUACAGCAGUUUCAAUUGCUGAUUUUUUUGUUUUAUUUUUACAAAGUUAUCAAAUUUUAACAAAAUUAUAUUCAAGAACACUUAAUAGUUAUGAUUGUACAAUGUUUUAUUUUGCGGACGUAUUUCGUCUACUAUCUGUUUGGGUGAUUGCUGUAAUGAAUCUUGAACGAUGUUCUCUUGUUUUUAAUCCAUUUCAUCUACCACGAUUACGUAGUGUUGUUAAAGCUCGAAUUUUUGUUUGCUUAUUAUUUUGUUUAUCACUCUUAGUAUUUAUCCAUUAUGCAUAUUUUAUGAAAACACAGUAUAUUUAUGAUACUAUAUCUCAAACAUCAAACGAAUCGUUAAUAGUAAAUUUAAAUACCACACACAAUUAUUAUUCUACCUAUAAUGAUUCAAAAAUUAAUUUGUUAAUAGAUAAAUCAUUGCCUAUGCGAUCAUUUUGUUCUUUUUAUCGACAAUUCAAUCAAUUAAUUUGGGAAUAUGUUAAAAGUUCUCUAACAUAUUGGACAACUACACCAAUAGUCAUUAUUUGCAAUUGUAUAAUCAUUUUUCAAUUAGAAAAAGCAUUUCGUAUAGAAAAACGUAUGACAUCAAAUGAAUUAAAAUGUACUACAAAACUUUCAACAAAACAGCAAAUAAUGACUGUGAUGCUCUUGUCUAGUUCAGUAUUAUUUGUCUUAACAAGUACACCAGCAACUGUUCAUUCAAUCUACUUAUUAGCAACAAAAAAUCGUUCAAAUACUCAAUAUAUUAUUCAUAUUAUUACAAAUAUUCUACUACAUUUACAUCAUGCCUCUAAUUUUCUUGUCUAUUUAUUCUCAUGUCGACGUUUUCGAACAGAAAUUAUGAAAUUAUGUAAUAUUUAUUUUAAAUGUCAAAUUGAAAAAAUAGGUCGACAUCGAUCAACUGAUCCAAUAUAUUCAACGAAACCCAAAACUGUUGUACGUUUACUAGCUCCUAUUAAAUCGCGCAGAAUUAACUAUAAUCGUGAUAUUGUGACAAAAAAACGUAUCGUAUUUCGUAGUAUACCUCAGUCUAUACGAUAA